UUCGCCUUCCUCCGCCCUUGGAAGCGUUCGGGCGCCCCGCGGAGCUGGGCAGCGAGUCCCCCUCCAUCCCGGGCUCCCCGCCCGGCAGCCCCGGGGUGCCGCCCGGCGGGACAGCGCUCCGUGCCGGGCGCGGCGGGGCGCCGCAGCCCUGCCCGCGGCUGCCAUGCGUGUUUGCCGCGGCGGGGCUGCCCGCGGUCCCGCAGCGCACGGCUCCCCGCGGCGGCGCUCGGCUGCGCGGCCGGCCGGGCGGGCGGGCCGGGCAGGUGCGCGCUGCGGCUCCCGCUGCCCCCCUCGCAGGUGGCGGCGAACCGGAUGCCUUUGGCGGGCAGAAGAUGUGUCAUGGGAAGCAGGCGAGCGGCGGCGGUGCCCUCCCGGCGGCGCGGCGGCGGGCGCUGGCCGCGGCGCUGUGGCUGCAGCUGGCGCUGAACCUCGGCCCGGGGCCGGCGGCGGGCGGGUUUGAUGACCUACAAGCUUGUGCUGAUCCUGGAGCUCCUGAGCAUGGAUACAAGACACCCAGUGCAGGUGUUUUCUUUGAAAGUGUGGUGGUCCGGUUUCAUUGCCAAGAAGGAUACAGGCUUAACGGUACUUCCAAAAAACUUUGUGUGAGACACUUUAAUGGCUCCCUGAGCUGGAAACCAAGUGAUAAACCUGUGUGCCUACAAGAAGUCACAGAUUGCCUUGUUCCUCAUGUUGAAGAUGCAGAGAUUCAUAACAAGACAUACAGGACUGGCGAUAAGUUAAUAAUCAGCUGUCAUGAAGGAUUCCAGAUCCGUUACCCUGACUUAGACAACAUGGUUUCCAUAUGUCAAGACGAUGGAACAUGGGAUAACCUACCUUUAUGUCAAGGUUGCCUGAGGCCAUUGGUUCUUCCUCAUAGUUACAUUAACAUAUCUGAGUUCGAGGCCUCCUUCCCUGUAGGAACAGUGGUGUAUUACCAGUGCUUUCCUGGAUAUAAACUAGAAGGGACAGAGAUCCUUGAGUGCAUGUAUAACCUUAUCUGGUCAGAUAGCCCACCUAGGUGCCUUGAUGUGGAAGUUUGUCCACUACCUCCAAUGGUGAGUCAUGGAGACUACAUCUGCCACCCGCGGCCUUGCGAGCGUUACAACCAUGGGACGGUGGUGGAGUUUUACUGUGAUCCUGGCUACACCCUCACCAACGACUACAAGUACAUCACCUGCCAGUACGGAGAGUGGUUCCCCUCCUACCAAGUAUACUGUGUCAAAACAGAACAAACCUGGCCAAAUACACAGGAGACCCUCCUGACUACAUGGAAAAUAGUGGCGUUUACUGCUACCAGCGUUUUAUUAGUACUACUACUGGUUAUUUUAGCCAGGAUGUUCCAGACCAAAUUUAAGACACAUUUCCUUCCACGAGGCAACCAGGAGGGCUCCAUGGGUGACCCUGACUUCGUGGUGGUGGAUGGCGUUCCUGUCAUGCUGCCCUCCUACGAUGAAGCCGUAAGCAGCGGCUUGAAUGCUCUGGCACCUGGAUACUCAGCCACUACAGACCAGGGGCACAUUUUGCAGGCAGAAGAUCAGAAUCCUCCCGCUUACCCUGGCCCCAGGAUUACAGACAUGCUGCCUAGCGAAUUUGAGACCUGUGACAGUAGGUCGGGUUCCUCUGAACUGCUCCAAAGUUUGUAUCCAUCCCUGACGUGCCAAGCGGCAGCGCUUCCCGCUCCAGACCGAACUGACGUAUCCCGUAGCACUGACGGGGAGGCUGCAUCCACGAGUCCGCGGAUCGAUAUUACAGAUGAGAUUCCUUUGAUGGAAGAAGACCCUUAGCCUGCACUGAGUUGUGUCUUCGUCACAUUGCACUGUUGGGUGACAUGAAAUCAUGAGGAUUUAGAGACAGAAAAGACUAUCUGUGGAUUUGGGGAGGGUAUUUUCCUACUUAUCAAUCUUCCACGUGAUGGUGUCACCAGAUUGGGUGUAUGUCUUAAUCCACAGCAGGGAUAACAGCAUCAGCAUUUGGAACAGCAGCAGUUUUAUGAAUGAAUCCUGGGGAUUUGAUGAGAGCAGAUGUAGAAAAAGAACUGUGGCUUUUUAGAAAUGAAAUGUAUAUCUGCAUCGCAGAAAGUCAUAUGGUUCUGUAAGAAAUGCUAUUGGAUUUUGAUACUAACUGCCUCACAAAAGCAUGUCAAAAUAUGUAAAUUUGCUUAUAAAGACUGCUUUAAAUGAUGAAUGGACCUCUAGUUUAUGAAGAAUCCUUGCAAGUUUAAAAAAAUACCGGUACUGAAACACACACACACACAAAAAAAGAGGAAAGAUCCUCUUUGGGUUUCCUAUGAUAACCAGGAAGCUUUUGGUGUUGGUGGUUUUGGUUCAGACCAUGUCUGCAGAAAAUAUAACAGAAAUGAUGGGAUUCAUAUAUACUUUGAUGUAUGAUAGCAAUUAUAUAUUAAAAUAUAUAUAUAUUUAAAAACUCUUAAAGAGAAAGAAAAGGAAAGACUCCCAGGUCACACAAUGAUCUGGAGAUUUUUUUUUAAAGGUAAGGCAGAAUUUAUAUCAUAGACAAUAUUCAAGGUAAAAUAUCAAUAUUUGUAUUUAUGCAAGACUUCUGUAACUACAUUGCAUUUGAUAAAUCCUGCUAUAAAAUGAGAGAUCUAGAACACGUUAAAAAUAUGAACUAUGUGCUUAAGAAAUGUUGAACCACCCUGCUUCAACCUUUCUUAAGCUCUUAAAUGUGUGUGUAUAUAUAUAUAUAUAUAUAUAUACACACACACUGGAGUAAUCUACAGUCAUAGCCCAGAGCACUGCCUUGUCCCUGUACGUUGUGGUAGUAUUCUGAGCCAUUAUUGUAGAAUACUUAAAAAAACAUAAUAAUAAAGUUCAGUUUUGGUUCUUUUGACUUA